UACAAUUUAGGGUUUCCUUUUUAAAACACAUUUUAAUCCAAAAUCUGUUGCCUCUCUUUGCAUAGGGCAGCUCUUGUUGCCUGCCUAAUUGGGGGACUUCAUGAUUGUAUAGGAAAAUUGUAUGUUAUUUCUCUUUUCCAAUUGCUUUUCAUAGAUUAACAUCUUCCGGAAAUGUCGUCGUCGGAUGAUCCGGAGAAGAAUAAGAGAAACGGCGUCCUCAAACUUUGUUUCGUCAUGUUGGUGUCGAUGGCGAUCGUGGUUUUGGUCUGCAUUAGAAUCAGCCGUAGUAGCGACGAUGAUGAAAAUAACGUAGGGGAUAAAGAUGAUCACAAGGAUCCUUCAAUGAAGGCGAUUCGGGCCAUCUGCCAACCGACGGAAUUCAAGAGAACGUGCGUAGAGGAAGUCCUGGCCGUGGCCGGCAAUACGACGGACUUCAAAGAACUCGUCCAGGCGGCGUUCACUGCCACGAUCAAGUACUUGCGUCGAGCCUCUGAGAAUUCGACUACGUUGAGAGACAUUCAAAAAGAUCCGAGGUCGAAGCAAGCAUUGGAUAUAUGCAGACAACUAACGAGGUAUUCGGUAUACGAACUACAGAAAUCGUUCUACAAAUUCGACAAGUUCGGACUUACAAGGAUCGAUAAAAUGCUGGCUGACUUGAGGAUUUGGUUGAGUGCUACAAUCACCAACCAAAUUACUUGCUUAGAAGGAUUCAGGAAUAUAACCGGUGACCCUGGGGAAACAAUGAAGAAGGCAUUGACUAUUCCCAUAGAACUAAGCAUAGAUGGCCUUGCCAUAAUAAGUGGUCUAGCCGACUUUCAAGGCGGCGUACGCCGACGCCUACUCGGCGAUUAUGAAGUUCCCGUUACUGGCGGACAUAACAAUUCCGAUUUGGGUACGACUUUAGAGAACGUCUUCAGCCGUCGUCGACUCGAAGUGGACAAAGCUGACGUUGUUGUGGCCAAGGACGGUAGUGGAACCUUCAAUACCAUUAAAGGUGCAAUGAGUCGCAUACCCCUUAAUUCUCCUAAGCCUUUUGUGAUAUAUAUCAAGGAAGGAAUUUAUAAAGAGAAUAUCGAAUUCGGUUAUAGGAUGACAAAUGUGGUGUUAAUUGGAGACGGUAAAGAGAAAACACGAAUUACCGGUUGCCGGAACAAUGCGGUUGGCAUUCCCACCUUCAGGACUGCUACAGUAGCUGUUAAUGGGGAUAAGUUCUUUGUCAAGAACAUCGGAUUCGAGAACUCGGCUGGGCCAGCCAAAUUACAAGCUGUGGCGUUGAUGGUGACAUCCGAUUAUGCCGUCUUCUACAACUGCUCGAUGGAUGGUUAUCAGGACACACUUUACGUCCACAGCAAACGCCAAUUCUACCGCGAUUGCACCGUUACCGGGACAGUCGAUUUUGUUAUCGGUGACGCGGCCGUGGUUUUCCAAAACUGCACAUUCCUCGUCCGAAAGCCAUUAGAUGGACAACAAGCCACCGUUACCGCGCAAGCUCGAUACGACGCUCGACAACCAACGGCUAUCGUCAUCCAAAACUCGACAUUCACGGCUGCUCCAGAACUAGUCCGUGUGAAGAACAGGUACCGUACGUACCUAGGCCGUCCGUGGGGGAAAUUCGCGAGGACGAUCGUCAUGGAAUCUUACCUAGAUGAUUUGAUUACCCCGGAAGGGUGGACGGUAUGGGAUGGUCUAUGGGGGAUAAACACUUGUUUCUACUCGGAGUUCAACAACAAUGGCCCUGGUUCGAGCACGACGGCUCGUGUUAAAUGGCCCGGAAUUAAGAAAAUUACGACGGAGAGUGCACGUGAAUUCGCUCCGAGGGCCUUCUUUGAUGGGGUUGAUUCAUGGAUAAAGGAUAGAAGCGUGCCGUAUGCCCCAGGACUUUUUAACAACGAUACAGUAGACGUGCAACAAGAAGAACGAUGGCCGAUUUAAUAUUAACUCGAUAGAUACAAUUGUUGUUACAAUAAUCUAGAC